AAACCCCUCAGAAAAGAUUACUUUCUUUUUUAAACACAAGAAAUAGGGAGGCAAUUGAGGUGGCUCUUGAAAUAGAAUACAAUGAAAGAACAAAAGUCACAUCUGCUUCGAAAAUAUAUUCUGCCCAAAGUGUAAAUGACAUGGUGGCAGAAUGGAGUGAAACGAUUGUUUUUGAAUUUUAUCCAAAACUAAGAACAGAAAUAUGUUUUCGUUGUUGGGAUAAAUCUAAAGGUCCUAAAGACCGUAUUGGUGAUGCUAAGGAGGAUUUAAAAAAUAUUGAAAUAUUCAGUAAUGAAAAUCAUAAAGUCACUCGCGAAUUAUUCAAAGGUGAAAGGAAAGUGGGUGAAAUAUCAUUUGAAAUGUACUUUUUGUCUAAGAAAGCACCUUUAAAUCAAAUGCAGGUGUACAGUAAUCCGCUACAUUUAGAUGAAAAAAUUGGUGUGCUUUUGAUAAAUGAUAUAAGAUGUGAAGGAUUAAAUAAAGAGAAAAAUUUUAAUUUUCUCUUGGAAUUUUCAAUAAAUGAAUCAAAAGCAUAUCAGACCAUCAGCUACCAAAAAAUAGUUUAUGAUAGAUGGAAGUACCCUGUGGCUAUUUUGUUAAAAAGUACGCCGGAAAUUAAUCUUAUACUGCGUUGCAGAUAUAGGGACAAUGUUUUUUUCAACUCGAAGAUUGAACUUGCUAAAGGUUCUGUUAAAGAAAGUACCGGUUUACUUUGGCAAAGACUAAUGCAAAGUACUGUUAUAAAAGCUCCAUUUUCUGAAAAUAAUGGUGUCAAAAUCACAUUAUCGAUAUCUUGUCAUGAGCUACUCUCGUUAAAACAUUUAUUUGAACAUUACAACGAGAAUCCAAUUCCGACGCCUGUUAGAAGAAGUCGUUCUACUUUUGAGAAAACCGAUCGCCUUUCGGAAGGCAAUUCAUUUUAUCCACCCAUACCAAAAUCCAAACGAUCAUUGCAACAAAUACCAAAUUACAAAAUUGUCUGUAAUCAACUUUCUACUUCACCAAAUUCAUUAUUUAAUGAUAAUUGCAAAGAAACUCUUCCAAAAAAAUAUGAGACUUUACCUGCUACUAAUAAUAGAACUAGUAAUUACAGUGAUAUUAGCAAUGGUAGUAAUAGUAUCACUAGUAGAAAAACUAGUCUAGAUAGUCUAGAUAAAAAAAGUGAUGUCAGGAAACAUGCAAUAAAUGGUGAUAUUGUUGUGAUCAAAAUAUUUAAUCAAAAACAUCCAUGGAAAAAUGACGUGCAUUUCCUUCGUACUUAUAAGUCGAGGAAAAGUAUCGUAAAAUUUGAAGAUAUGGAAGAAUUAGGAACUGAAAAAUUUGUUUCGGUUACCAGAUAUUUUGGGAGGACAUUGGACUCUGAGCUUUCUAAGCUCAGAGAUCCAAUGCUCCUGAAACUUGUGUUUAACAAGAUUACAAAGGGCUUGAAUUAUCUCCAUACCAACAAUAUUGUCCACAAUAACCUCAAGCCUUCCAAUAUUCUCCUGAAGGAGAAUAAGAUAUACAAAGUUAAAUUGUGCGACUUCGAAUUCGCACGUAAUGUGGGCGAACUAGUUCAAAAUGAGGAUGGAUCUCAUUGCGUAAAUAUGGGAUUCUCGCCACCAGAAAUCGCCAAAAAUUAUAAAAAUCUCAAAGCAGAUUUGUCAGCUGAUUGUUUCAGUCUCGGAGCAAUAUUAUAUUAUUUGUUGGCGAAGAAGAAACUAUACACAACAAUUGAUGAACUGGACAGCCUAGCUGCUAAUCGGGUUGAACAUUUUGAAUGUGAAAUCAAAGAAAAAUCCGCCAAAAAACUUUUGUCAAUGAUGUUGAACCCGGUUGCAAAUAAGCGGCCCAAGGUAGAAAUGAUACUAGAAUCUACCUAUUUUAAAGGAGGAGACGGUGACCCAGGUGGUUCUGUAAAAGAUAUACAAAAAAUGGUCAGUAUAUGA